CAAUUAUCUCGUUAUUUACAUGCAUCGGGGGUCAUAACCGUUGUAUCACUUUAGUAUAAUAUAUUUAAUUUGACCCGUCACCAAAAGAAAUAUAUUAUCUCAGUAUCUACACUUUUAUUAUUUCAUGAAUAGCCACUGUAUUAUUUAUCUGAUGGUAAACACAUUUUAAUUAAUUACAUAUUAGGCCCCUUUUUUAUUGUUUUCCAACACACGGGUGUAUGAGCCUACUGCCAUUCUGCUGACUGAGUCACCGUGACUAACCUCCCCACCAUCCUGUCGGGUCGGGGUGGGGGGUUCCUGGGGUGGGAGAUUCCACCUUUUUUAGGAACAAUCGAAUGGGCUAGAAAAUGAUCGACUUCUCCAAAGUAAUUCAAUGAAGAAAUAAUACACCAAUAAGGUUAAAAUUGGAGUUUGGGAAUGUGAAUGUUAUACUCUGUACUAGAGCCACUUCUUGUAUACAAUAUGUAUACAUUUUUUUGUGUAUACAAACAAUUAUAGACAAUUGCAGACUUUUUCUUAACGAGCGAUUUGUAUACACAAAUAAUUUGGGGUAAUUUUCACAAAAAGAUUAAAAAUGAAAAUAAUAUCACUUUUAUCAACUUUCACAUUUUAUUUCAAAUAAUAGACUGGUACGGUUCUCUUUUUCAAAAAUAGUUGUUCGCUGGUCGUCUUUUCUACGCAGGAAGCCAUCGAUGUAACACUUGAUAUUUAAUUUAAAUGGAUUAAUAGUACUACUCAUACCAACAAGGUGCAUCUCCUUUUAAGGGACGUAUGUCCCCACGGAGCAAUACGAACGUCCCCAAGGACGUAUGUCCCCGGCAGACCAGCAAGGCCCAAUUGCAAGACGUACGUACAGAACCUUGACCUUGGGAGCAGGCAGGACACAGGAGGCAAGCUCAUGGGGACGAACAUUCCCACCCCUUGGCAGAAAGCCAAGAUCCUGGCAGGACACAGGAGGCAAGCUCAUGGGGACGAACAUCUCCACUCCUUGGCAGGAAGCCAAUAUUCUGGCGGGAAGCAGGAGGCAAACUCAUGGAGAUGAACAGAGACAAGUUCAUGGGGACGAACGUGCCAAAAUCCUGGACAAUUGCGUGUCUCGUGAUACAGGAGGAGGUGAGCAGAUGUCUUGAAAUAAAAAACAAGAGUGAAAAUAAAAAAGUUAAAUGUGAAAAGAAAAGGCAGUUGGGACUUGUGACAUUAAUGAUAGGAUAUUGUAGAAACUAGACCUUCCGGGUAAUUACCACUAAUGUGUUACUGGACAAACGUAAUUAGUAUGAUUAGUUAAAAAAAAAAAAAAAGAUUGCCCAUGGAUAUAUAGUAAGACAGGGAGUAAUAGAUACGGAGUAUUAUUUAACCACGCUCAAAGUGUACAAAUGGAAACAUUACUUCACCCCUGCAUGGGUAUUUAGUUGGCUCUAGAGGUGAGAAUUUGGUAUACGGAUCGUCGGGAUCGGACUCGUGAUUUGGUUUAAUUCCUCCGAUGGUGAUAUGGGCAAUGGCGUAUCCAAAAAAAUAUUAUAUUGCCACACACCCAAUGAACUACUUGGGAGAGAAGCAUCCCUUGCGUUCUGACCAUUGUGAUUCUAUGAAACCU